GGAUUCGCAAAGCUUUCCCGCGCUCUGCAAGAACCUUAACCUCAAAGUUCAAAAUAUAGUCCGACGAAUUCGUACGAUCAGAAUCGGUUGUCUUCUAGGAUACACAAAAGCCUGCAGGGACGUAAAGGAGUUUCACGUCUGCAACCAACAUGGAAAGGGAUCAAACUGUUGCCGCCAUCGCUCAUCAGAAAAGUCAACCACCCACUGCUCAGGAUUACUAUUACUUCAGAUGCCAUGCAGUGGGUGAGAGCAGCCCAAGUACUCCUUGCAAGAAGACUACCACCGAUUCGGAGCCUGGCGUUCUGCCAAUCUUUAAUAGAUACAAUAUUCUCAACGGGGCUAGACCCCACGUACCAGUUACAGUCGAGGACAUACCAGAGUAUUUUACUGAGGAUAACUAUCGACAUUGUGUCAGUACAAUAAGGACUAUCGGUAUCGUCAGAAGAUAUGAACACGAGUCCUAUAUGCUAGAAUCUGUGAACCAGACGACAAAUCGAGUUCAGAUUCCAUUGACGAGAGGGAUUAAUCGUGACCUGCGGACUUACAAGAGUAUCAAGCGCAUCAUUGGCUCAGGGAAAGAACGUAAGGUAACAAAAAAAAAGAAACUGAAACAAGCAGAAACGAACGCAAAUGAAAAUAGUACAAAAGUCUCGGCAACAGAUCUUCCAUAUCCAGACUUUAUCCAAGACCCAUUGCAGAUGGGAGAUACGAGAGUGAAAGAUGGGACAGUUUACUUGGUACUGGGAACCCUGCAGUGGGUAAAAGGUGAACCUAUGAUCGAUGCUCACAGAUUCAUCUAUGUGCAUGACCUAAAGUCUACGUACGAGUCAUUCAUGCUACAGCAUGCUAUAGCCCGCCGUCACAUUGAUUUCUACAAACCCCAUCCCGAGGAGAUUAGAGAAGUCGUCCGAAGACCGAACGAAAAGAGGGAGCCAGCUUUUCCACGAACAAAGCCAACGUGUAAACGUGCGAACAAUUGGCAAAAAUGAAGUUAAGACCUGACCAGAAAGCAGAGCAGAUUAUAUAUGUGAUUAUAGUGCGUAAAGUUCAACGGUAUAUGAUGUAAUGUGUUUAAGUUAAAGGUUUCUUUGAAUAUUUUUAUAUCUUAUAAUAAAAUGGAAUGAAGUUUGGAUU